AUGGGCGUACCUCACCUCAGAAGGCAUUUGGAGCCGUAUGCGCAGAAAGGCGUCAUUGAACCAUGCAACGUGGUCAUUGACGGGCCGGCACUCGCCUACCACAUUCUUGCACUUUGCUUGAGAAGUACUCAAAAGUCUAGCCCCUCUGAGCAACCAUCAUACGACGUUUUGGGCUGCACUACAGUGGCAUGGCUCGAUGAGAUUCAAGCAUCCGGCCUCACAGUAUCUGCCAUAUACUUUGACGGUUUCCUCCCACAGUCCAAGUAUCACGAGAGGCAACAGCGAGUUUUGAGGAACUCACAGGACUUGUCCAAGUACCAUCAGGCGUACCUCAAUGGCGUCCCCAAAGAGCGGCCUCAUGCCACUACGGAACCUCCUCAGGUCCUUUUUCCCCAAUCACUUGGUGUCGACAAAACCAAGUCUAAAGCGCCCGACCCCCCUUUCUUUGUUCCGGCCAUUAUCGAGUAUCUGAAAAACCAUGCCGUUUACUCUUCCCUGACCGCGGUUGUCCCAGGUGAGGCUGACGGAUUCUGUGCCGAGUAUGUUCGCCUAAACGGCGGGGCAGUCAUAACGUCUGACUCUGACCUGCUGGUCUCUGCGCUGGGGCCAAGGGGAAGUGCUAUCUUUCUAGGAGAUAUCGAAAAGUGCGCAGAGUCCAAAGGUCUUGUCGCUCCCCAAUACUGCGGCCCAGACAUUUGUCAGAGGCUGUCGAUCGAGCAUGGCGACGGCCUCUGUCGCCUGGCAUUUGAGCUGACUAUGGAGCCCACAUUGAGCAUGCCGGAGAUAAUUAGAAACACCAAAAUGGGUAUUGCCGCCGCAGAUUUCCCAGAAGAUUACUCCCUUUUCCUUGCAAAGUAUUCGACUCCUGAGCUGGGAUCCAGCUUGAAGCCUGGUUACGAAAUACAUCUUGACCCACGCGUGUCCGAGAUCGCGCUUCGAUGCCUCCCUGGCCCGAAGAACAAAGACAGAAGCUCAAAAAAUGACCAAACGGAGCCAGAAUCCGACGACAAUGACCUUCAAAUGUAUCUUCCUCUGUUGCUUGAUUCACCGUCUCGGACAAGCGCGUGGGAGGCCAGCAAAAGUGUCAGGCAACUAGCAUAUGCUCUCUUGCAGUCAGUCAAAGCCGCACCGAUACCGAUAGUCUCGGAGGUUAAAAGGCUUCAGUCUGUUUCCUUGGGGGCGCCACUCGAGAUACCUCGCCUCUCCUCCAUUGACAAACAUGGCACUGCACUUUUGGCCAUGGUUUCCAAAAUCAGACAUGCUGUUGGCAAAUCCGAGUUGGUUUGGGUUGUGCUAUCGAUGCUGCAGGAUGUCGUUCUGACAAAAGAUCAUGGCAAGACCAGCACUCCGCUGAGUGUGCAACUGCUUCGCCUCGACGCUGCUCGGAAGCUCGACGAGGGGUCGUGGGAGUUUCUCCAUUUUCUUGCACAGGUGCAGGCGACCUGCUAUUCGCUUCGGAUAUUGCAGCAGAUCUUGAACUUUACCAAACACCACACCCACGAGCUAUCAUCGGUCACGUCCGAGGUUUCCCAAUGCCUGUCGGCUCUCCCUCCGCUAGGACGGUUCCCUUCCGUUCGAGACUUUGCCGAGACCCUAGCGCGGAUACGAGAUAUGGGCGGUCUGUCAUGCCUGGCUACAAUUUGUGCCGACGACGAAGAGCUGUUGCCCUAUCUUCGCAAACCAGCCCCCAGCCCUCAAGCGGUAAAGCCCGCAAAAAUCAGCAAAAAGAGCAAACGAAAAGCAACUUCUCAAAGCGGCUCUGCCAGGCCUCGGUCAUCAAACCCUUUUGACUUGCUGGAUAACGAAUAG